AUGUUGCGUCAGUCGACCACGAGACGUGCAACGCUGCUCUUUCGCAGUAGCACCACCGCCUCUACAUCCAACUCGUGCGCGGUGUCAAGUCGCAUUGCAGCUCAAAGGCGAUUCGCGAGCACCGAAGGAGGCAACGCCUUUGUUCCUAACCCGCCUUCACAGAAACAGCGCAGCUGGAGAAACCGAUUGGUACGUCUAGGUUUGGCCGGCGGUGCCAUCUACUUUUAUAACACAUCGAGUGUCUUCGCCGAAGAACCCACGCUCUCUCUUCGACCACAACCCAUCGAUGCGCAAGAUGCGCCAACGUUGAGCACACUCAGUGAAAAAGCCGGCAUCCAGCAACCGCAACAAACACAACCUGUCUCAACCGAUGUGCAGGAGGCCUCACAACCCAACAGCGAACCGCAGCAAGAGGGAAACCUAGAAGAUCUAGAAUCGCAGGCCGGCCAGGAAGGUGCUUUCAACCCGGAGACUGGAGAAAUCAAUUGGGACUGCCCAUGCUUGGGCGGCAUGGCCCAUGGACCUUGUGGCGAGGAAUUUAAAGCCGCGUUCAGCUGCUUCGUCUACUCGACUGAAGAGCCCAAGGGAAUGGACUGCAUUGAAAAGUUCAAGGGCAUGCAAGACUGCUUCCGCCUACACCCGGAUAUCUACGGCUCCGAGCUCCAGGAAGAUGAAGUCGACGAACAAUUAACCGAACAAAUCGCGCAACGAGACCGAGAAGAGCAAGCACAAAAGGAGCAACAACAACAACAACAACCCCCCGAAGGGAAAAUCACAUUACAAGACCCUGCCGUCUCCAGCCUAAACGAAGCCGAGAAACAUGCCGAAAUAGAAGAAAUCCGCAAGGCCUCCGAACCACAACCUUCUCAACAAGAAGAAGAGCUUGUCCCAAGAUCAUGGCACGAAAGCAACGGCGACGGACUUCCCAAGAAGACCGAAAAAUAA